AUGGAAAAACUCAUAACAGAAAGAAUAGAGAUCAAGGUUUCAGAGCUUGAUAAGGUGCAGGAUCUCCAUCAGCAAACUCAAUCUAUGUUGGAGCUGCAGACUUUGAAGUGUCAAAAAAUAGAGAAAAAACUGAAGAUUGCAAAGGACCAAGUGACCAAGCUCCAAAGAAUGUUCAAGCUGACAGCAAUUUGGAUUAUAACACUCAUAACAAUAAUACUGAUAUUAUUUUACUCAAAAAGAGACAAUCAUUCUAAAGGAUACACUGAGUUGGGACGACUGAACUUUGUAGGAUGCAAUGGCUUCAUCAUUAAGGUCAUCCUCAGAAGAGCUUUCACCUUGUGGCAUUGCUCAAGUUCAACAACCUCAUCAUGUACUUCUGAUGCUGCCCCUCUACCCUCAAUGUUUUGUUCAAAAAACUCAUCAUGUACCUCUGAUGCUGCCCUUCUACCUCUACCCUCAAUGUUUUCUUCACCAAGAUCAUCAUGUACCUCUGCUGCUGCCCCUCUGCCCUCAAUGUUUUCUUCACAAAGCUCAUCAAGUACCUCUGAGGCCCCUCUACCCUCACAAUUCUUUUCACCAACAACAUUAUGA